AUGGGGACAGCACAUUCGAAGACAUACGUUGGAAGGUUUGGUCUUAGAGGAUCCCGCGUGACCAAUUUGCACGGGAGGAGGUCCUGGCUCGUGGCCGGCACAGACCAAAACAACCAUUGUGACUAUCCGCAGCGGAAGUCCUAUCGACGGCCUUCCAACAAGCACAGGGAGCGUCGAAGGAGGCUUCGACGGGCUUGGCUGUGCUACAAGGGGCGGCUUCCACCACCAGCGCCCAGCGACGGCCAACUCGGUAGCUCGGUACCGACGCCCUGGCUUGAUGGGCCUCAAGGCCGAAGUGCUGUGUUUUUUCACGAAAGGCCUAUACCACAAUCCCAGAGCCCUUCAAGCAGUGGUUUGGUUGAAGCUGAAGGCAGCUCCACGGGAGCACUGAAUGUGGAUUGCGCCGAAGACCACCAGGAGUUCAGACCGCGCCCCUGGCAGGUUUCAGCUUACUCUCAGAAAGGAGGUCCACUGUGCAUGGCUUACGCAACUUGUUUGGAGUACAUGGAGGAGGACCUGAUUGCAGCUCUGAUUCACCAUCCUAUGCCGAAUGAGGGACUCGCCUUAAUAUACCGAAGCUGCUGUACACUGCCUCUACCAGUGGAGCCCACUCUGGAACCCAGUGCAGACGUACUUGGGUAUGUGUUCCCUGGGACAUUCUUUAAAGUACUUGACAUCAGAGCUCACAUUGCACAAACAUCGUGUCUGUUGCGCCUCAAAACGGCGGAAGGUUGGCUAACAGGCGCAUCCUUGUAUUUGGUCCGACUCCCACAGCCAGCUCGGGGUUCGACGUGCAGGACUGCACAUGAAGAGAUUGGAACCGUCAAGCUUAGGCAUCGCAUACCUGACUGUGUAAACGUUUCAGCUGGAGUUGCAAAUCGGCAACAGGCUUGGGACCCUUCCUCAGGACAAGCUCGAGUUAAAGGCAGUUCUCCAGAUAGCAUUCCCAUAGCGGUUGAUGGGGAUGAAGAGGAGGAAGGAUUAGUUGAACCCGACGAUGCCAUCUCCACCGGUUGGGGAACCGUUUACGCUUGUCGUGCCACCCGCUUUCUUAGUUUUCAGGAAUGUGCCAGGCUGACGGAGGAGCGUAUGAGCUACAAUAGCUUAGGAAAGCUGGUAUCGGCCGCAUCCAUUCACAAGCUUGAGGAGACCCUCAAAGAAGCUACAAGGUCUCACCUUUCCAAUGUUGGCAUCUCCGGUGUGGGGGGCCUUUCACGCUUCAGCAGGACGCACAGCAUGAAUUCCGACUCUAGCAGAAUAGUCACCCGAAUCAGCAUUCGCGCUGGAGGUCUCAACCCUCUGGAGCAUUCCUUUGUUCUGUUUCGCGCUGUGGGUGCUCGUGCUAUACCUGUGAGCCUGGAAGGGUCUAACGACUGUAUGAUAGCGGGGCUGGGUACUUCAGGGAUAGGAGAGAGCGACAAGCUUCAACCACCUGCCGUUGCACGCACUUUCGGUAAGAAUGCAAAGAGAAACUCUGUUCACUUCACUAGUAACCGGCGUGUGCACCUUCGCGUGUGCACGGAUGAGGGCUGGGUGACUCUUGAUGGGCAUUUGGAGCGAGUUGACGAAUGUGAGAUUGCUUAUGACCGUCCCGUCCUCUACGAAAUAGUCGCUGAUGGUUAUUUAGUAAAUGUGAGGCCUGCACUUGAGAUUGAAGGGCAAGUCCGCCGCACUCUGCCCCCUUCUACGUUGGUUGAAGUAUACGAAAGAAAAGUUAACGCAGAGGGGCUCGUGCGCCUGAGGCUCGUGGAUGGGUGGAUAAAUGAACGCAGGAAGAGUUCAGGGGAAACAGGGUUUCUUUUUGCAACCAGAACGGCAGAUCGGCGACGAGAGACACUUCUGCGGCAUCUCACGGCGGUCGGCUUGCUGCUGCCUGCUCUGUGCAGCAAUGAUAAUCGCAUUCGUACAGCAGCGGCCUCUUGGGUAGCGGCUAAUGCCGCACAGUCCGCUAUUGCCUGCUCAGCGUUAAUGGAAGCGGUGGACACAGCCAUAGUGAAGUCGGCAUUAAGGCCAUGCACUUGUUGUUACUGCAAAAGCCACCAAGGAGACCGAGUUUUCUUCAAUGCCGAGUGUCCACCAUCGAUAUGCAGUACGAAUAGCCCCCGACGUCGUGGUUCUUGCCUUGUUGCGUUGAGGGAGGUUGCGCCUUGUGCAAACGAACUUGCUGAGUGUUCAGCAGUGAGCAAUCCGAGGUCUGCAGGAGGGAUGGCGGCUACCGAUGGCCCACGACAGUGCAUCACAGACUCUUCUGGGCUGCAGUCGCUCAAGCCCUUGGCUGCGAAGGACGUACUGCGGGAGUCCACGGUUAUUAGAUUUUCAGGCACGGACUCAGCGCUGCAUACUUCAGGACCCCGCGUAGGACACGACGGGGGAAAUAACACUUUCGCGUUGGUGGGGGCCGGAUGGGGCUCGGCCAUUGCACCCCCGCAGACGCGGGGUGGUGAGUGCAUUUCUGAUCGAUGCCACAGAGGACAGUGUUUUUUUGAAGGCAUGGAAUCCAUGAUUGAGGCAUCUGAUGACUACGGUGGGGGCAGUGGGAAUCAAGAGAAGCAUGCAGGACUGAGGAUUAGUUUGUUCUCUCUAGUUAAGGACACAAGACUAAGCUCUAGCUAUCCUGCUUUCUUCGCAGGUUGCUUCGGCCUUACCGGCAUGGGACGGGCGUUGAAUUGCGAAAAUGCAAGAGUAGUUCUGUCUCCUUCAGACGUUCUUUACCAGUUCUGCGUCGCUGCGGAGCUACGUUCUCAUGGGUACUUGUGGAUAGGCACCUAUGAAUGGUUGUGGCCCGACUCACAGGUAUACUCUUCCCUCGCAGAACACAGGGAAUCUGUGCCUCCGUACGCCGUAUAUCGCCCACCAGUUGGCAGCUUUGUGCCUCCGUCCAGCUAUGCGUCGAUGCCCGUUGGGAUUUCACAGCAGCAUGGCAUGCUGCAGUCGUAUAGGCCAUAUUUGGUGAUGAAGGAUGGAAAGCUUGCCCUUGGUAGUCCUACCCGUUUCAAUAGCUUUUCCUUUCACCAGCCUCCCGUCUUCGUGAUCCACAAAAUUGAAAGGAUUUGCAAUGGUCUUUUGGUGCGGCGUUACCUUCAUGAAAGGAGCAUGCUUUUGCUGAUGAAUUCGGAAGGGGGGUGUAACCUCGAUGAGGCCAUUCCCAAUCCAGUUCUUAAGGUUCAAGUGCAUCCAACACAGGCAACUUUGAACGAAUAUUUCCUCUUCCAUGGGUGCACCGAAGAGCGCGCAGGAUUGAUUGCUCUCGCCGGGUUUGAUUUUCGAAGAGGAGGAGAAAACGGAGGGAAGCUUUUUGGCAUAGGCACUUACUUUUCACCUCACGCAAGCAAAGCAGACCUGUAUACUCGCCCAAACGACGUUUUAGCCAAAACAAGUGGGCCCUUCGCAACUACAGCAGUCACAUUCCCCGGCUCUCUGCCAGCUGUCCCUUUAAUUCAUGCUCGUGUGACUCAACCAGUAGGAGCGCCCACGUCUUCUGCUCUACUCACGAGCACCCCAACCAGCAUGGGUACUGGGGGAAACCCCGGAGAAAGAGCUCGCCAGAACACAAGCAAAACUUGCGGUAAUCUUCGGUUUGGUAGAGGCGGUUGGCUGCCUUACGGAAGGGGAAACGCGAACGCUGCGGUCAUGGCAGCACGCAACUCUGCAUCUUCGACCACCCCAGAUGGAGCUUUGAAGAAAGAUAAGGAGAAGGGACGCUUCCGAGCAGUAUGCGCAAAGCUCACCAGGCAAGGCAGCGGGGCCAACAGGAGUCGGUCCAAGGACUUCUCAGCUUCUGGGCAGGCACUGAAGAACCAAAAACAGUCGAAUUCGCUGCCGACAAGCUUCCAACAGAGGGCUGACACCACUGGAGGGAAAGUGCAGCAAGCUGGAAUAAGGGGAAUUCAUUCAGGCGUACUAUCGUCAACACCCCAGCCUGUUACGCGUUGCUUGCUGCUGGCACGAGUCUGUCUGGGCGAAGUAUACAAGACUCUUUCUCCAAUGCCGGAUGCACGCAUGCCUCCCAACAAGCCGAAUUCCGCAACAGCAAAGUUGGCGUAUGAUUCUGUGAUGGCGGAAUGCCGCACACGAGGUGGCGUAGUGGACGGAGUUGAGUUUGUGGUUUUUGAACGGGCCCAGGCCUUGCCAGAGUUCAUCAUUACGUAUUCACAUGCCGCACACUGCCAUUUCGAAAUACGCCCAGGUGCAGCUCCUCGAGUGUCAAUGGAGACAAAACCAUAG